AGUCGCUCCUCUGUCCACAUCACAGCCACAGGACUUCAGCACUAGUCGCCUAGUUUUGUGAGAUCCAACCCUGACUUCAAUAUUUCAACAUUUUACUAAAGCAGUGACUGCAGUGUCAUUAGGGCUAAUUAAAAACAGCUAGAAACGGAAUAUACACGACAUUUUCAAAGAGCUAUUACCUUUUAACCCACUGGAUAGGCUACCUGGAGACGAUGUUGAGCGCGUUUUCUGUCGUUGUGGCUUAGAACAGGUGAACGAAUAGCGACAUUAUCAAAGACCACCAAGAACAAAACACUGGUCAGACACCCGAAGGUGCUGCUCAACUCCAUGGACCACACACUCCAGAGACUUCAUCUCCUAGUCCCGACCGCCAUCACUCUCUGGUCUUUCCCCGUCUCGAUGGCCGCCAGUGUGACCCCAAGUGGGUGUGGCUCCAACGUAGGCUCCCUGUACUACAGGCUGUGUGACCUCAGUGCCGUAUGGGGCAUCGUGCUGGAGGCGUUAGCGGCAGCCGGCGUGCUGGUCUCCAUCAUCCUCUUCAUCGUCCUCCUGGCCAGCCUGCCCUUCAUCACAGACAAGAAUAGGAUGCGCUCCGUGGGCCUCCAUGCCUGCUUCCUGAUCAGUACCCUGGGCCUCUUCUGCCUCACCUUCUCCUUCAUCGUAGGGAAAGACUUCGCCACCUGCGCUUCGCGACGCUUCCUCUUCGGAGUGCUGUUCGCCGGGUGCUUCGCGUGUCUUCUCAUGCAGUGUGUGAAGCUGAACCUCCUGGCCCGCAGGGGAGAUCGGGUGCCCCGGGCCUCGGUGCUGUGUCUGGGAGCCCUGGGACUCUGGCUGGUGGAGGUGGUCAUCAACACGGAGUGGCUGAUCAUCACUGUGGCUCGAUAUCCUUUCAUGCUACUCAACGCUACAGGGAUAGCACUUGGCACAGCCACAAACGUGCCCUGUAACAUCACCAACCAGGACUUUGUCAUGGCGCUGAUCUACGUAUUGAAUCUUCUCCUAGCUGUCGUAGUGGCUUCCUUACCCACCCUGUGUGGGAAACACAAGCAGUGGCGCCAGGAGGGAGCCUUCAUCCUCGUCACGGGUCUCCUCUCUGUGUUCAUCUGGGUGGCCUGGAUCACCAUGUACGUCUGGGGGAACCUGAGGACCGGCGGACCCAGCUGGGAUGACCCUACCCUGGCCAUCGCCCUGGUCAGCAACGCCUGGGUGUUCCUGAUCCUCAACACCAUCCCAGAGAUAUGCUCUCUGACCGGGGUAGAGGAGGGGGGCGCGCCAGGGUUCGGAGAGGACCUGAGCAGAGGUGUGGGCUAUGAGAAUAUCCUGAAGGAGCAAGGAGCCCAGAGCAUGUUUAUGGAGAACAAGGCUUUCUCUAUGGAUGAGCCCAACUUCGGUCCCAAAGUUGUGUCUCCAUACAGUGGCUAUAGUGGUCAGAUCCACCGUUCUGUCUACCAGCCCACUGAGCUGGCUCUCAUCAGCAGGGGAAUGGGGAAUCAGGAAAUGUCUCACAUCCCCCGAGCCUCCACCAACAACAGCUCCGUGGCCCACAGCGGGGCCAGUAUCCUGUCGGCACGCACCGACGAGACAGCAAACACACAGACGCAGCAGGGCCACAGUGGGAAUGGACUGCAGAAGAUAUCCCAGUGGUGAACACAGACUACUUUACACCUCUCUCCUCAAUUCAUUUUUAUUGAUACAGUUUCCUCAUGUUGACUCUAUUUUGCUGUUGUCCAUUGCAUCCUUGAUAUGAGCUGGUUUUAACGGGACCCAUCACAACGAGGCCUACCUGAACUCUGACCUAUUAGCCUAUCAGACUCCAGAGGUGACGUUUAGGUGAACGACACGAACAGUUUGCCCUUUGUAAAACCCCUAAAGAUGGACAGUCCUGUGUACGACAUAACCCUCUAUCGAUAGAUUGACAGUGCCUACAGGUCUGUCUGUCCUUGUUCCAGUUCCUGCCCAUCUGUCUGUCUGACAGAAGUCAAAGCAACCCACAGAGUGGAGAGCAGGCCCAUGGCAUUGGGAGAGAACAAUACCUUUUGCAGAGGUCACCUCUGACUAUGAGCUGAGCUCUCCGCUGGACACACUGUGACAGAUGAAAUGUGAGCAUGCUAACAGCACGGAAAACUAGUCUCACUCUCUCUUAGCAUGUGGGGGUGUAUUUAGGCUACAAAUAUAUAUAUAUAUAUAUACACACACACACACACACACACACACACACACACACACACACACACACACACACACACACACACACACACACACACACACACACACACACACACACACACACACACACACACACACACACACUCACAAUAGUCACAUACACAGUAGUCACGUGGAAGUGCAGCCAAGAUCAGGAUCAGUCAAGCGAGGGGGCAACUGGUGUGAUGGGAUAAACCUGUCAUCCCAGUGUUCUCAGAAGAGGACCCCUUAACAGUGGAACAUUCCAUACCUGGAACACCCUCUAUGGUUCCAUGGAAUCUUGGAAAAUGACUCUUCUGUCACGGGGGAUACCUACCCAACACUAAUGCACUCAGUUAUAGGUUUAGCAUACAGAAAGCUUUGCACUUUCAAGCUUUCAAUUCAAGUAAGUGGCGAUAUUAUUAUGUCAAUGUUUAGUGCCUGGCUUGUGAAUGGGUCUCACUUUCAGAAAGUUAAAAUUGCUAUUUAAAUUUGUAGCUAAAGGUUGUUGAAUGACUUAAUGUUAAUGCCAUGCCAAUGAAUGGCUUCUCACUACAUAUGUAAGGAAGCACUUGUUGUAUGAAAUGUUGUAUGAAUUUGGAAAUUUGAUAUUUAAAACAUAGCUAUUUACAGUAAUUACUUUUCUUGUAAUCAGUUUUGAGCCAACACCUGUAAAUGCAAUAAUGAAUGUUCAAUCUAAUAUGAAGUUGUAAUGCAACAGUGAGUGAAUUGAUUGGUUGAACAUACAGCCAUUGAUGUCUGAAAGAAAAAUGAAAAUCUAAAUAAACAUUUAAUGAUGAA